AUGCAACUGGAAAUCACUGUUACUGCCAAGGAUGACUACAGCCUUGUUAAGAGUUCUCUGUGGGUUGGCGAGGAUGCCAGUCUGAUACCGGAGGAUGACACUGGCAUUCCAGAUUAUCCCAACUUCCCUUACACUUGUACCAACACCAAUGAAGAAACCUCUUGGAAAUCACUUGUCCUGGUCAACAGAUCAAGUACAUGCAAUGUGGACAUGACAGACUUUGGUUUGACUGUGGUUUCGCAAGUCACAGUUGAGCAAUCAGACGGCCAAGAGGUCGACGCUUAUGCAGUGGAGAAUGACUUUGAUGGAACAGACCUCUACAGUGGAACCAGUCUAAUGGUGGAAUGGAAUGCGUGA